AUGGCUGAAGAAAAGACCGCAUCACCGACCACUGGCGUCCGUCUGGACGGCAAGGCCAUCUCGGAGGCUGUCCGUUUGGAGCUCAAGGAAGAGGUUGCGGCAUUCAAGAAGCAGCACCCGACGUUCAAGCCCAAGCUGAUGGCAAUUCAGGUCGGCGCCCGCAGCGACUCGAGCGUGUACAUUCGACAAAAGUCCAAGGCGUGCAACGAGAUCGGCAUUGACUUUGAGCACGUCCAGCUCGACGAGAAUAUCCAGCAGGCAGAGCUGGAUGCCCGCCUGGACCAGGUCAACAACGACCCAUCGGUACACGGGAUUAUUGUGCAGCUGCCGGUGCCCGACCACCUCAACACCAAGCAUAUUGUGCAUUCGAUCCUUCCCGAGAAGGACGUCGACGGAUUCCAUGCUGAGAACAUCGGGCACCUGUCGAAGCGGGCCACUGAACCGCACUUUUACUCAUGCACGCCGCUCGGCUGCAUUGAAAUCCUGGAGCGGUACAAUGUGGAGAUCGCUGGCAAGAACGCAGUCGUGGUUGGCCGCAGCGACAUCGUUGGCUCGCCAAUUUCCAUGAUGCUGACUAACCUGAAUGCCACAGUGACGCUGUGCCACAGCCGCACCGACGACAUCGAGAGCAAGGUGCGGGGCGCCGAUAUUUUGGUUGUGGCCAUUGGCAAAGCCGAAUUUGUCAAGGCCGACUGGAUCAAGCCUGGAGCCGUUGUGGUUGAUGUUGGCAUGAACGCCAAGGACGAUGCAACCAAGAAGGCCGGAUACCGGUGGGUCGGCGAUGUCGAAGCCUCGGCCAUCGAGCGCGCGUCGUAUAUGACCCCUGUGCCUGGCGGCGUCGGCCCCAUGACGGUAGCCAUGCUGCUGCGCAACGUAGUCACCAGCGCCAAGCGGUACUUUGAGGAGACAUCGAAGGUCAAGAUUGUGCCGAGCGCGCUGACGUUGCUGGAUCCUGUCCCUAGCGAUAUUGCGAUUGCCAGCGCCCAGAAGCCGAAGCUGAUCGCACAGGUCGCCAGCGAGCUGAACCUGGCGCAUGCCGAGUUCGAGCCGUACGGAAAGCACACGGCCAAGGUCACUCUCGACGUCAUUGACCGCCUCAAGGAUAACAGCAACGGGCGCUACAUUGUAGUCACCGGUAUCAGCCCGACUCCCCUUGGCGAGGGCAAGUCUACAGUCACCAUUGGCCUGUCGCAGGCGCUGUACGCCCAUCGCAACAAGCCAACAUUUGCGUGUGUACGCCAGCCGUCGCAGGGACCCACCUUUGGCAUCAAGGGCGCUGCCGUUGACGCGCGCUUCUUCCACGAGAACACGCAGACUGACACGCAGCUGUUCAACCGCCUGUGCCCAAAGAAAAAGGGUGUGCGCAAAUUUGCUGAUAUCAUGAACCGGCGCCUACAGAAACUGGGCAUCGACAAGGCCACCCCCGAGGAGCUGACACCCGAGGAGAUCUCCAAGUUUGUUCGUCUCGAUAUCGACAAGGACAACAUCAUGUGGCGCCGCGUCAUGGAUACCAACGACCGGUUCCUGCGCGAGAUCACCAUCGGCGAGGCGGCCACCGAGCGCGGCAUGUCGCGCCACACUGGCUUUGACAUCACCGUCGCCAGCGAGAUCAUGGCUGUACUUGCGCUGGCCACAUCGCUGGGUGACAUGCGCGAGCGUCUGGGCCGUAUGGUGGUGGCCAUGAGCAAGCAGGGCGAGCCGGUCACGUGCGACGACAUUGGCAUCACCGGCGCUCUAGCUGUGCUGAUGAAGGACGCGAUCAACCCGACCCUGAUGCAGACGCUGGAGGGCUCGCCCGUGUUUGUCCACGCUGGACCCUUCGCCAACAUUGCCCAUGGCAACUCGUCGAUUGUCGCCGACCGCAUUGCGCUGAAGCUGGUUGGCGUGCCUGCUGGCGAGCUCGUGACCCCCGAGAACUCUGGGUAUGUUGUCACCGAGGCCGGCUUUGGCGCCGACAUUGGAUUCGAGAAGUUUGUCAACAUCAAGUGCCGUGCCUCGGGGCUGGUCCCGGAUGCUGCUGUCAUUGUGGCCACUGUGCGUGCACUCAAGAUGCACGGCGGAGGCCCUGCGGUGGUUCCUGGCAAGCCGCUGGCUGACGAGGAUUUGCCAACCUGCGCCGGCCACAUUGAAAACGUGGGCAAGGUUGGAAUCCCGGCUAUCGUCGCUAUCAACGCCUUCUCGACCGACACACCGGCAGAGCUUGCGCUUGUCCGCAAGCUGGCGCUUGAGGCUGGCGCGUACGAUGCGAUCCCCGCCCACCUGUGGGCUAAGGGCGGUGCUGGAGCCGUGGAUCUGGCCGAUGCCGUCAUCAAGUGCUGCGACAGACAAGAGGAGAGCCAGUUCAAGUUCCUGUACGAUGACAAGAUCGAAACUAUCGCCCGGGAAUUCUAUCGCGCUGGGUCGGUCAGCUUUAGCGAGCAGGCCGAGAAGAAGCUGGCCGAGUUUGCCAGGAACGGCUGGGACAAGAUGCCUGUGUGCAUGGCCAAGACCCAGUACAGCUUCUCGGCCAAUCCCGAGCUCAAGUGCGCGCCCGAGGGCUUCGAUCUGCCUAUUCGCGAUAUCCGUGCCAGCCUGGGUGCCGGCUUCGUCUACCCGCUGUGCGGUGCUAUGCAGACGCUCCCGGGUCUGCCCACGCGCCCGUGCUUCUACGACAUUGACGUCGACCCCGAGACCGGCGACAUCAAGGGCCUGUUCUAA